UCCGGAGAGCCGGCGGCAGACGGUGGUGACCGGCAAUUGUUUGUGUGGCAAACGUAGGAUAUGUGGGCAGCCUACUGCUGUUCCCAUAAGAAGUUUUCUUUUGAAUAGUCGUAGUCAAUAGGAUAAGAAAUGAAUCUCAAAUUGAAUUGGAUCUUGGCAUUCGUCUUCCUGGUGCACAUUCCCGCCUACCAUUUGGCCAAAAACAAUGGGAAAAAUGUGGUCGUCGAUGGGAUAAAUGAGAUCAAGGAGUACAAGAAGAUACUGCGCACAAAAACCAAUGUAUUAAUAUGUUUCACCAACGGUCUGAAGCACAACAAUAAUAUUAUCAAGGUGUUCAAAGAAACGGCCAAUGUAGUUAAGGGGCUAGGCACGAUGGUCCUCAUUGAUUGCUCCAGCGAGGCUAAGAAACUCUGCAAGAAGUUGAAGGUGCAGCCAGAGCCUUUCAUAUUAAAACAUUACAAGGAUGGUGAGUUCAACAAGGAUUACGAUAGGAAGGAGGCUGUCAAUUCGAUGGUGAACUUUAUGAGGGAUCCGUUGGGAGAUUUGCCUUGGGAGGAGGAUCCAACGUCUGUCCAUGUGCAGCACAUCGUUGAUGCAGCCUCUUUGGCUAAAUUUAUCCGGAGGGAAACGAAGCCCAUCAUGAUCAUGUUUUACGCCCCGUGGUGCGGUUUCUGCAAGAAUCUGAAGCCCGAAUAUUCGGAGGCGGCCGCUGAUCUGCAGGGCCAAGCGGUGCUGGCAGCGAUCGACGUGAACAGACCGGAAAAUACUGUGAUCAGGACUCAAUACAAUAUUACCGGUUUCCCAACGUUGCUCUACUAUGAACACGGCGUGUUGAAGUUCACCUACGAGGGUGAUAACAAUAAGCAAGCGAUUGUGGCUUUCAUGAAGAACCCGCAAGCCGCUCCGGCGAAGAUCAAGGAGCCGGAAUGGUCGGACACGGACAGCGAAAUCGUUCAUCUGUCUUCGACGAACUUUGAUCCGGUGCUCAAGGAGGAGGCAUCCGUUUUGGUGAUGUUCUACGCCCCAUGGUGCGGACACUGUAAAAGGAUGAAGCCCGAGUACGAGAACGCAGCAGCUCAAUUGAAGGCCGAAGGCAUUCCCGGUAUGCUGGCUGCCGUUGACGCCACGAAAGAGCAGAGCGUUGCGACGAAGUUCUCGGUCAAAGGAUAUCCGACCGUCAAGUACUUCAGUUACGGCGAGAUGAAGUUCGACGUGAACGUGCGGGACGCCCCGAAGAUCGUGUCGUUCAUGAGGAAUCCGCAGGCGCCGCCGCCACCACCGAAACCGGAAACGCCUUGGGUGGAGGAAGUGUCCAACGUCAUUCAUCUGAACGAAGACAAUUUCAAGCCGUUCCUCAAGAAGAAGAAGCACGUCUUGGUCAUGUUCUACGCCCCAUGGUGCGGACAUUGCAAGAAGGCUAAACCGGAAUUCAGCAAAGCCGCCGAUCACUUUGCUGAAGAUCCUAAAGUGGAGUUCGCUGCUGUCGACUGCACAACGGAGCAAGGUCUUUGCAGCGCCAACGAAAUACGCGGUUAUCCCACGAUCAAAUACUUUAGUUACUAUUCGAAGGUCGUCAGGCAGUACAGCGGAGGUCGUACCGAGACUGACUUUAUUAAGUACAUGUCCGAUCCGGAGGCUUUCGCGAGUCCCGCGAAGAGCAGCAGCAAAGAGGAAUGGAAGUUGGACUCGAACAAAGUGGUCCAGCUGACCGACAACACCUUCAAGAAUCAGAUCAAGUCCAAGGAGCCGGUGCUGGUGAUGUUCUACGCGCCUUGGUGCGGCCACUGCAAGAAGAUGAAGCCCGAUUACGCGAAGGCGGCGGACGAGUUGUCGGCGGAGGGCGUCAAAUGCAAGUUCGCGGUGCUCGAUUGCACGACCAAUCCGGAGGUGACGGAAGAGUACGAGAUUUCCGGUUUCCCGACGAUCAAGCUCUUCAAGGACGGCAAAUACGUGGAGGAUUACACGGGGAAACGCACCCCCGAAGACUUGAAGCAGUACAUCAAGGGCGGUCGGGGAACGGCGGCGCCGGCGGCCAACGUUAAGGAGGAGUUGUGAUUGCGUGUUUUUUUUUUAAAUAUCAUCUUCCGUACUUGUGGGUGUUUCAUUUUGUA